CAUCCCCUUCUUCCACUUGUGACAAAAAUCUUAGUCUUCUUAGUUUCCUCACUCACACAAAUGGCAAAGCUAAUCCAUUUCCUCCUUUUCCUUUUCAUCCAAACAAUUUCAGCCCAAACACCAGCAGCACCAGCGGGCCCCACCAACAUCACCCAAGUUCUAGAGAAAGCAGGACAAUUCACAACCUUCAUUAAACUCCUCAAAGCUUCACAAAUAGCUGAUAGAAUCAAUUCACAGCUGAACAACUCAAACCAAGGCCUAACCGUGUUUGCACCCACUGAUAAUGCAUUCUCAAGCCUCAAAGCAGGAACAUUAAACUCCAUAAACUCACAAGACCAAAUGCAGCUGAUACAAUUCCACAUUCUCCCCACUCUCUACACCAUCUCACAGUUCCAAACCGCAAGUAACCCCUUGCACACGCAAGCUGGAAACAGUGAUGAUGGAGAGUAUCCUUUAAAUGUGACCACCUCAGGGAACCAAGUGAAUGUAACAACUGGGGUGGUUGAUACAACAGUGUCCAAUACUAUCUACAGUGAUACUCAGCUCUCAGUGUAUCAGGUGGAUAAGGUGCUUCUUCCUAUGAAGCUUUUCGGCGCGACGGCACCGGCUGCUGCACCGGCGGAGGCUCCUGCGCCAUCCAAGCCGGAGAAAAAUGUCCGGGCAGGGGCUGCUGAUGCUUCAUCUGGGUCAUCGGGUUCAUCGGUUGAUGCUUCGAAUGCAGUGAGUUUGAAUAGAAAGACAGUUAAAGGUUUUAUCAUGACCGUGGCAAUCAUUGUUUCUUGUUUGUGGAUGUAAGUCUUAAAAUGGCAACUUUUGCCCUGUAUUUUGUUCUUUUUUUUUUUUUUUUCUUUUCUUCCGAGUUAAGUUUGAAUUGAUUGAUGAUGGAGAUCUCGUGUACUUUUCUGUCGCUACCAAGUUAAAAUUUUGGGUUCCAAGUAAAUGAUUUUUCUUUCCCCCUGCAAUGGUGAAUUUUUGCUCAUCCAAUCCAAA